AUGGAGAUGCUAGAUGAGGAGCACCAACCUUUGCCGCAAUCAAGUGGGGACACGAACAUCUACAAUAUCGGCAGCAUUAAUGGUCAUAACGUCGUCAUCGCCGGUCUAACUAGAGCAGGAAACAACCCCGCAGCCACUGUCGUUACUCAAAAAAUGAGGAUGACAUUCCCAAACCCCAAAUAUGGCCUGUUGGUAGGGAUUGGGGGCGGUGUUCCAAUAGAAAAAAAAUCUGGAAUGAUUCAUUUGGGACAUGUGGUAGUUAGUGAACCGACAGGUAUACACUCCGGAGCCGUGCAGUACGACCAUGGAAAGGCAAUAUCGGGCCACUUUCAACGAAAAGGCUUUCUCGCUCCUCCGCCAAUAGCCCUCCUUAACGCUACGCGAGAAAUGGCCGUGCGACGUCAACGGAUGGAUCAUGAUCCGAUUCGGGAGAACCUACAAAGGAUCCAAAUAAACAAUCGAAUGCUUCAUAGCUUCAAGUUCCCUGGCGCCGCAAAUGAUCAUCUCUACCCAUCAAACUAUGAGCAUCAGCAGGCAAGGGCGCUAUGCGAAGGUGGAUGUGAUCCAAAGCGGCGUAACAAGCGAUCGGUGGAUGAGGAUGAUUCGUUCAUUGUCGUACAUAGAGGUACAAUAGCCUCCGGAGGAUUGGUCAUGAAAGAUGCUCAGAAGAGGAAUGAAUUGGCCCAGCAGUACGGUGUGCCCUGCUUCGAGACGGAGGCAGCAGGAGCCCUUGCGGAUUUAUCCAUUUUCAACUCACGUCUAACAUUUUUGGGCUUCCUUUCAAUAUUCCUGACUUCUCCGAAAUACCCGUCUGUGGCGAGACAAGAUGAGCUCUGCCAAUUGCAUGUUAUACUCGAGGAAACAGUCGGACCUCGUACUGCCAUCGUGCACGGCUUGGGUGGCAUUGGUAUGACACAACUAGCGCUUGCAUAUGUUAAGCAAAAUCGAGGUAAAUACUCGGCGAUUAUUUGGCUUGAUUCCAGAGAUGAAACAGCAUUAAGGCAAAGCUUUGCUCGUUCAGCUGAGUGGAUUCUGCACCAUCACCCGCCCAAUGCAUACAUUGCAAGUGCUUUGGAUAGUCGGGACUUAGAAGAGACUGUCAGAGCUGUUAAAGGCUGGCUUGAGGAGACAACAAAUGACCGAUUGUUGAUCGUCUAUGACAAGUACGACAGUCCUCUAUUGGAAAAUUCCAAAGCUAAAGAUGCAGAGCAUGCCUCUAGCCCCAAUACAGAGUUGUAUAGCAAUGAGGCCGAUGACCUUUUAAGGCGUUUGGUCUUCGCCAAUAUCUGCCAAAGACCGACCACGGGGCUGUUGGUGUGA